UCCACAGCAAGUGACCUUCUUUACGCCCGUCAGUGAGACCGUUAAACGGAGGAGAGAAGAAGCGACUACGGACGGCGUGGCUCUAACUCGACACAUCUUAACUUAAAGUUUGUCCUAUCUCUCGUAUCUGCUGACGAUGGGUGACAUUGCAAAGGGAAAGAAGGCUUUUGUCCAGAAGUGUGCCCAGUGCCACACAGUAGAGCAGAAUGGCAAGCACAAGGUUGGCCCCAACCUCUGGGGUCUGUUCGGUCGCAAGACCGGGCAGGCAGAUGGCUUCUCGUACACAGAUGCCAACAAGAGUAAAGGUAUCGUGUGGGGUGAAGACACCCUGAUGGAGUACCUGGAAAAUCCCAAGAAAUACAUCCCGGGAACCAAAAUGAUCUUUGCUGGCAUCAAGAAGAAGGGAGAGCGCCAGGACCUCAUUGCAUACCUUAAAUCUGCAACAUCGUGAACAAGUCCUAAGAAGAAUAUAUAACGUUAUUUUAUUUUUGUUUAUUUUCAGGCUUGUCCACGAUAAAUAAGUUUCUAUGUUUAGUCAGUUUGUAGAGACAUCUAAAUGGGUUUGAGUAGUAAAAAAGAGUGGGACUUAUUGUGAGUUCACAUUUAAGUGUCCCUCCACCUACGGUCAGAUGAAUCGGUCUUUCAAGUGGCCAAACAUAAAAACUACAGUCUGUCUUUGUGAAUCUAUAUUUUGGCUUACAGGAAAAGAAAAAAUUGAAUAACCUUAUCUAUAAUGUGUAGUACUUUCUGCUAGACAAGCCAUCGUCCAUCAAGCUAAUUCUAAAACUGUAUAUCCAAAAGUUAUCUCAUAUCAGUUGCAUGAUAAUGGUACAGAGGAUAGAUGUUGUUGCUGGUUAAAUGGUGCUUAUACUCGAUCUACUCCGGCUCCCACGCCAAGUGGAGUUUCUGAUCUUUUUACAAAUACUGAUGGAGUGAAUGUUCUCCAUCUUUCUCUUGUCUGUUUUUAAAUGUUGACCAUCAGAAGCUUCCACUUGCCAGUAAUGCUCUGCAGGUUCCUCCGACUUCAUAUUCUUUCCCAUGAUGUGACUCCUUGCAGCUAAGAAUUGUGCGGUUUAGAUACAGUCGAUAUGAAUGCCUUCAAACUGACCACUACUUCGCUGUGAAAUCAGCAGACACACAAUCACCAUGCCUAACAAAGUUGUGUAAUUACCGGUACUGUAUACUAUAAGGAACAAACUACCAAGGACAUCAUCUGGACUGAAGAAAGAUUGUUGUUAUUUACCUGGUUUCACAGGCCUGAAAGAAUAUGAUUUUAACUUAUUUUAUUGUAAACUGAAUCUGUAAAGUAUUUUUGAUGGAAUUGUCUGGUGUUCCGGUAUACACAGCAAUAUACUGUAUGCACAUGCACAAGUAUGACAAUGUGGUAGAUAUUUUGCGUGGUUGUGGAGAGGAUGCUUAAAGGGUCAAUUAAAAGAAAACAUCCAGAAA